AUGGCGAGCCCGCUCGGCGCACCCCCGCCGGCCGACUCGCCGUCCAUCGCGCCGGGCAUCAGCCCGCCCGGUGCGUCCCCGCCGGCCGGCUCGCCGCCGCCUACGUUCAUGCCGCCGAGUAGCAGCCCGCCGCCGCCCGCGUUCAUGCCGCCGGUGGCGUUCCCGACCACCCCUCCUGGGCAGGCGCGGCCGGGGCUGUGGUGCGUGGCGAAUCCGAAGGCGGCGAGCGCCGUGGUGCAGACGGCGAUGGACUACGCGUGCGGGUCGGGCGCGGACUGCGGCAUGGCGGCGCCCGGCGGGCCGUGCUACCUGCCGGCCACGCUCGUGAAGCACGCGUCCUACGCCUUCAACAGCUACUGGCAGCGCACCAAGGCUGCCGGCGGGACCUGCGACUUCGCCGGCGCCGCCAUGCUCGUCACCAGAGACCCCAGUUAUGAUGGUUGCAGAUACGUGUACAUGUGAAUCUACCGGUUUCAUCAGAGAUUUGUUACACUCUUGUGCAAAUAACCGCCACCUUUAGCCUGCAUCAUCAAUACAUAGAUGUCAUGUUCUUUGUAUUAGUUGGUGUACCUCUAUCUGUAAUAUCAUGUGCAUAAAAACGUUUGCUUUGUAAUUGUGCUGUUUUGUAAGACGAAAGGAACUGGAUUGAUGUACGAUUGGCAAAA